AUGACUUUUACUAAAAUAGCUAAGGCGAGACAAAAAGAGACUUUUAAACAACCUUUCAGAGUUCCCUCAGUUCUGGGUGAGCAGCUGCCCGCCUGUGGCCAGCAUUACUGGGAAACCACGGUCACAGACUGCCCGGCAUACCGACUUGGCAUCUGCUCCAGCUCAGCUGUCCAGGCUGGUGCUGUGGCACAAGGGGAAACCUCAUGGUACAUGCAUUGUUCUGAACCACAAAGAUACACCUUUUUCUACAGCGGCAUUGUGAGCAAUGUGCACGUGACCGAGCGCCCGGCCCGAGUGGGCAUCCUGCUGGACCACAACAACCAGAGGCUUCUGUUUCUAAAUGCUGAAAGUGGACAGUUACUCUUCACCAUUCGGCACAGGUUUAAUGAGGGCGUCCACCCUGCUUUUGCCCUAGAGAAACCUGGCAAAUGUACUUUGCACCUGGGGCUAGAGCCUCCGGAUGCUGCCAGGCACAAGUGAUGAUUUGCUUUCAGAGUCUGGCAGAGCAGUCACUCAAAUUCCCGGGGUCUUUUGUGUUUUCCACCGAGAGUCAUCCAUUAUUCCAACAGUCUCACACUCACGAGAGCUACUUGCACCUUGAUCGCACAUGUGCACGACCCCCAGAAUAUCCAGACUAGCAACGAGAGGGCUAGAGCAAUGUCCACCCUUUGGUAUAUCCAAGAUGUUCCAUUUAUUUUCUAGACAAGAAUUGACACUUGUCUUGGGGAUUAAAAUAGAGGCAUUGCCUUCCGCGUGUUCCAUUUGUAAGAGAUGCCCUCUGAUGGAUGGGGAAAGGAGCCCUGGUGGAUAGUGGGUUACGAAUCAGGCUGCUAACCACAAGACCGGCAGUUCCAACCCCGCAGCC